CACCCACACACACAACCACACCCACACCCGCACCCCACACCCACACACACGACCACACCACACAACCUUGUAAAUAAUGUAGCUAUUAAUUUUAGUGUAGAUAUAUAUUUCAAAAAUGAUAAACAGGAAUUUAUUGAUCAAUCACAGUGAUCAUACGAUCAAUAUAAAUAUGAGUGAACUAAACAAGUUAUAACUUUGGCAAAUAAUCAAUGUCAAUGUUUCUAAACUUUAAUAUAGAUUAUAAUAACUAAGAAUUUCUAAAAUUAGUAUGAUCAUUAUUAUUACUGAAUAUAUUGAUCAUUCAAGAUCUUGAGAUUUUGUUUCGUUAAAAGUUUGUGAUAUGUCAAUAUUUCAUUUCUUUUACUGCAAACUUUUUAUUAGAAUCUAAUCGUUACUUUUCUUUAUCUACCAUACAUAUUUGAAAUCUUAUUUAUUGAAAUACAUCUAUUAUAUAAUCAUGAGUAUUUUUGAAGUUCGAACUCUUCUUUGAGAAAAUUUAUAAAUUAGCCUAAAAUGCUUUUAGAUGAUUCAAAUAAAGAAUCAAGCUUAACUAGCGCAUAAUUCGAGGGAUUAAUUAAAAACAUAUGAAAAGAGUCUGUCAGAUUGAUUCUGGAUUUGAUGGGUUCUAGUCAUCUGAGAAAUAUGUGUUGUGUCUUCGGGAUGAUAAUUUAAUUUCAAUUAGAAAGUUUCUUUGAAAACAUUAAAGUAUGAUUCGAUUGAAUUCGAAAUUCUUCGAAUUGGAAUGCACACUCGACAAUUUUUGAGUCCGAUAGGUUUUAAUACGCUAGUGCCAAAUGGAUUAACGUAUUUUUCUUAUUAGUAUAAUGAGGCUAAAGAACAUAUAUCAGUUCCAUAUUUUAGCCCUAAAGAAGUCUACUGACAAACUUAUUUUUUUGUUUUUUGUGUUUAAUCAAUAAUUUAUUUAGCUGAAGCUCUUCAUUUGGCUAAUCUUAUAUCAUCACAUGGCUAUAUUCUUCCUAUUGAAGAUCAUGUUUUAACUGUGAAAAAUGAUGGAACUUUUUAUCGUUUUCAAACGCCUUAUUUUUGGCCUUCAAAUCAUGUUGAAGCAGAUAAUAUUGAUUAUGCUGUAUAUUUAUGUAAACGAACAAUGCAAAAUAAAACUCGAUUAGAAUUAGCUGAUUAUGAAGCUGAAAAUUUAGCACGACUUCAAAAAUUAUUUGCACGUAAAUGGGAAUUUAUUUAUAUGCAAGCUGAAGCACAAAUAAAUUAUUGA